UCUCGAUGCAGAAGUGUCAAACCUGCUACGUGCGAAACUACACAUGAUUACUUUAAAUUUGGGUGUGAUUCGUUAAUCUCGGUUAUUGUUUUCUGUUAAACUUGCAGACAUGUCAUCGAUUGCUUUGUGCACGUUAAAACGUACGGUACGGUCCCCUGUUAAACUUUUCCACGUUUCCACCGCCAAAGGUGUUCAACCUGGUAUGGUUGAUUUUCACUCUGUAGUAUCUAGUAACCCUUCUUUCCGUAAAUGCGGCUUUCUACCGGGUUUGAAGUGGUCUUUCAGAGCAACCGGAAUAAGACAGAUGACUCAUGGAGCAUCAGGAAGGAUUCAAAACGAGCCGUUUAGGAAAAGUUUCUAUUUAGUUGCUGGAGCCGCAGCAGUAGCAGGUAUCGUAACUGGGAUAAGUCACUUCCAGCGGGCUGAAAUGGCAACCAAGAUACCUAGGGUGGAAGAAAGAGAAGGAGGUGAUAUUGCCGAGAGAUGCAAGUCGUUCAUGUCUCCACCGGUCACCGACAUCCAAGUAUUGCAACAAAGGAAAGGAGAAAUGUCUACUAGGAUGGAAAUGCUGAUUAUGGAAACACAGGCUGAAUUCUGUAAAGCUCUCGAGGAGGUGGACGGUGGCAAGUUCAGAGUGGACAGGUGGCAACGUAAGGAAGGUGGCGGUGGGAUCAGCUGUGUCAUGCAGGAUGGGAAGGUGUUUGAGAAGGCCGGCGUGAACGUCUCUGUGGUCUAUGGGAAUCUCACGGAGGAGGCUGCGAGGCAGAUGCGCAGCCGUGGAAAAGUGCUGAAAGGGAAAGACGGAAAGCUGCCAUUCCGUGCCAUGGGUGUGAGCUCGGUCAUCCACCCCAAAAACCCCCACAUUCCCACUGUGCACUUCAACUACAGAUACUUUGAAAUUGAAGAAGCUGAUGGGACGAAGCAGUGGUGGUUUGGAGGAGGUACAGAUCUCACUCCCAUUUACAUUAACCUGGAAGAUGGUUCCCACUUCCACAAUGUACUGAAGGAGGCAUGUGACAAACACAAUCCCCAAUACUAUCCUGACUUCAAGAAGUGGUGUGACCGGUAUUUCUAUAUCCGUCACCGCGGGGAGACGCGAGGCAUUGGUGGGAUCUUCUUUGAUGAUCUGGACUCACCCAGCCAGGAGGAAGUCUUUUCAUUUGUCAAGAGCUGUGCAAAAACUGUGGUGCCUUGCUAUCUGCCCAUUGUGCGUAAACAUCUCAAUGAUAGCUUCAGUCCUGAGGAGAAGGACUGGCAGCAAGUCAGACGUGGCAGGUAUGUGGAGUUUAACCUGGUCUAUGACAGGGGUGUGAAGUUUGGUCUGGCCACCCCAGGCUCCAGGGUCGAGAGUAUCCUCAUGUCCCUCCCCCUUACAGCAAGGUGGGAGUACAUGCAUGAGCCAGCCAAAGGCUCUAAGGAGUCAGAGAUGCUGGAGGUACUUCGCAGCCCCAGGGAGUGGGUCUGAGAGAGCGCAAAUCGAAUUCUCCUUUAAUUUCAGACACACCCGUCCCGCCCGCUUUCUCAACGUGGUCACGUGACUUCUCUUGAGAUAUCCCAUUUUGAUUGGAGCAGGCGAUACAGACUUACUGUCUACUUGAUCUUAUUUGUUGACUCACUGCAAACCUGUCACUGCAUUCAAUGACUAACCCAUUAUGAACUUGCAGUGGUUUCGCCACUGAAUGAUUGAACUCACCCAGAUGACCACGUAUGCUCUUUUGGGAGGAACAUUAACAACAGGUUUCUCUGUUUCUGCUUGCUUGUGUGUGUGUGUCUGGUUGUGUCUAUGUAGCUUGCUUUGCUUUUCGCUUCUUUUUAUACCAUGGAGUCUUAUGGACAAUGUCAGUUCCGUGUGUGACGUUGGUAAGGGUAGCCUAAACACGACGAACCAUGCUGAGCUGCCCACGUCAGCGGCGCUGUGUUAACGUCGUUAUUUUGGCUGUAUCAAAGAACUGUUUAUUGCUCAUCGUGCGGUCAGGAUUUGUACCGCUGUCAUUCAGAUCACAGGACUGCAUGGUUUUUAAUGAUAAUGGUCUAUUUUUUUUUAAAGAAAAAGAAAAACUCAGAGGGUGAGAAAUGAAACAUAAAUCAAGGUGUUUGUUUUUUGCUUUUUAUGUGAAAUCAAAAAUAAAUAAAACGUCUU